AUGGGUUUGGGCAACGUAGUGUCCGGCUUCCUUGGCGGAAUGGGCGGCAAUGCUAUGAUCGGGCUUUCGACCAUCAACUCCCUGAAUGGCGGGCGCGGACGCAUGGCGCCGACCGUCACGGCGUUGGUGGUCAUGGCCUCGGUUAUGGGCGCCUACCGGUUGCUGAACUUCAUCCCGGUGGCGGCUCUGGCAGGCAUCAUGAUCGUCGUCGUGCUGCACACCUUCAAGUGGUUCUCGCUGGGUAUGGUCCUGGCGGCCGUGCUCCCCAAGACGCUUCGUGACCGGCUGAACCUCCAUCGAAAGGUGCCGAGGAUCGAAGCCUUGGUCGUGCUGGUCGUCACGGUCCUUUCGAAGCAGACGAAUAUCGCCGUGGCCGUCCUGGUCGGCGUGUCGAUUUGCGCCAUCAGCUUCGCUUGGGAUGCGGGCCAUGACUUCCACCUCACCGAAUCCUUGUCCGGGCCCUUGGCAUGGGCUUCCAGAGGUUCGGGCGCAGAUCUCCUUGACUCCAACCCCUUAACUUUGUGA